CCUUGAUUGUAAACAAAUAAAUUUUCAUUCGCGUAAAUUCUGUCGCAGUGCAGUGCAGUGAUUUUUAAAAUUAAUUAGAAAAAGGAAAUUCUUUAUUAAACCGUCGAAAGAUGCCCCCGAAACCGAACGCCCGCUGUUCCCAGUGUCAGUCGUUUGGAUCCGAGAAAUGGCACACCGUGGAGCGGGGUGUACUGAUCUGUGCAGCGUGCCACGAAAAGCAGGAAAGGGAACAGAAAGAACUAGAACAGGAGCUGCGGGAAAUCCAAGCCAUCCCUCCGCUGGCAGUGCGAGAGGCCGCCGAAUCCAUAACCGAACUUGGCCAACAGCUGCUGGAUAUGGAGAGAAGAAGGGAGGCUGCUGCCAGGGCUGCCUCUGCUGUGGAUUCAGGCAAAAAGGAAGCGGAAGAGGAUAAAGCUGCUAUGGAGGUAGAGGUUAAGGAGGAAGACGACAAGGAGGGUAAGGAUUCGAACGAGGAGACCAAACCAGCCAAACCGGUGCCUGCUCUGAGCCCUCGGAAACUGAGGAAAAAUGUACGAAGUCGAAAGGGUGGCGCCAGUGGUUCCGGGGGAAAUGGAGCCAAGGGAGGACGAUCCAGGAGAUUUAUUUUCAAAAGUAAACCUAUGAAGGCGCCUACCAUCACGGUGACUACCCGGACUGUAGAUUCGUUAUUUUAUAAUAACAUUUACAUCCAAAUAGGGGACAUCGUAUCGGUAAUGGAUCCGGAAGACAAUAUCUACUAUGCUCAAAUACACGGAUUACAAAUUGAUUCCUACUGUGAAAAAUCUGCUUAUAUAACUUGGUUGCUGCCCACCAGUGCUAGCCCGGAGCCCAACGAGAGAUUCGAUCCGUCUACCUACGUGAUUGGCCCGUCGGAAGACUUCGCUCGGAAGCUGAGCUAUAUGGAGUUUGUCAUGCACGCUCCAAGCAAUUACUAUUUGGACAGAAAUAAUCCGUACCCGCGACCCGAUAGCUGGGGACCGGAGAAUUCCACGCAAAAAGAUAACUCCAAUUUUGUUUGGACAAACAUCGCACAUCUUCAUUAGAAGAGAAAAUUUUUUUUUGUGUGAAUUUAGAUGCGUAAUUUAUUGUAAACAGAACACAGCUUAAGAACUAGAUUUAAUAAGUAUUGUAGAACAAUAUUCAGAAACAUAUUCAAUAAAAAUCUUCUUCAGGAUCUC